AUGAGCAAGGCUCUGCUUGCAUUCGUCUGGAUCGCUGGCCCCUUGACAGGUACCCUGGUGCAGCCGUAUAUUGGCAUCUGCAGUGACAACUGUCGCAUAUCCUGGGGCAAGAGGAAACCGUUCAUGGUGGUGGGCGGUGUGGCGACAGUUGUUUCACUUCUGGCCCUCGCUUGGGUCAAAGAGAUGACUGGAGGCAUUCUUGGGCUAUUUGGCGUUGAUCCAGCCUCCAGUGCAACACAGACGGUGGUUAUUGUGCUCGCCACCAUCUUGAUGUACUGCCUCGAUUUUUCUGUAAAUACUGUGCAGGCAGGCAUCCGGUGUUUUAUCGUGGACAAUGCACCUUCACACCAGCAAGAGUCGGCAAAUGCAUGGGCCAGCCGGCUCACCGGCGUUGGUAACAUUCUUGGGUACAUUUUUGGAUACAUGGACCUGCCGAAAUACUUUCCAUUUCUUGGAAACACGCAGUUUAAAGUGCUGUGCGCAUUGGCGUCCUUUGCGCUUGCAGUCACAUUGUUGGUUAGCUGCCUGUACAUCAAGGAACGCGACCCUCGCCUCGAGGGACUUCCCCCGUCGGGAAAUCCUGGUGUGAUCACCUUUUUCCGACAAGUUUUCAAGUCGAUCAGGCAUCUACCGCCAGAGAUUGCAAAGGUUUGUGAGGUCCAGCUUGCUGCGUGGGUGGGUUGGUUCCCAUUUCUCUUCUAUUCCACAACAUACAUUGGGCAGCUCUUUGUCAAUCCCAUCUUUGCAGGACACCCAGGUCUCUCGGACGAUGACAUCAACAAAGCGUGGGAGGAGGCUACCAGGAUUGGGACCUUUGCGCUGCUCGUCUACGCAAUUGUCUCGUUCGUGACCAACUUGACGCUACCAAUACUGGUUGUUCCUACCUACAAGUCUGUUGUUCCUCCCGACCCCACGCCCACUGAGAGCCAGUCGGAGGAAGAGCCCUUCCUCAAUCGGAGGAUCUCUACAUCCUCGGCAGGCACGGCGAUGGAGCCGCCCGCGGACUUCUCGGGGAUUCGGGAGAGCAAGUUUGGGGAGGGUCAGGAGUGGUUGUCGAAGUUGCAGAUUCCCGGGUUCACCCUACGCCGUGCGUGGCUCUUGUCGCACGUACUGUUUGCUGUCUGCAUGUUCAGCACCUUCUUCAUCUACUCUUAUCAAGCCGCUACGGUGGUGAUCGGGAUCGUUGGGAUCUCCUGGGCGUUGACGCUUUGGGCACCCUUUGCCCUGAUCUCUGCGGAGGUCUCACGCAUUGACACCGAGCGUCGGAUCCGACGACAUCAGACUGAGGGCGCAGGAUCUGAUGCUCAGCCCCCCAACGGUACGGCCGGUCCCCUGCCCGACGGUCAUGAUUUGGAAAAUGGCUCUGCCACGCCCGCUGCAAAGGCGGGAGAAGUCGAGGAGGAGGAGAAUCUGGCCCAGGCGGGGAUCAUCCUGGGGCUUCACAAUGUAGCUAUCUCCGCGCCCCAGAUCAUUUCCAGUCUGCUCUCCAGUGCGAUCUUCAAGGCGUUCCAAAAGCCUCGGGGAGAGCCGUGGGAUGAUAGCUAUCGAUGUACAGCUGAUGCUCCGGAGGCCGGCGACAAGGAGUUCUUCAGCUCCUGGGCGCUCUUCAUCCUGAUUAUGCUGCUGAUGUUCGCACUAUUUACGAGUUACAUUCUUCAACAGAAGAAGAUCCAGGCGGUCCAUGAAACGGUUCUGUCUAUCUUUGCGGGCAUGUUUGUCGGGUUGAUCAUCCGGUUGAGUCCCGAAUCUCCCAUCCAAGAUAGCGUUACCUUCGAUUAUCAGUUUUUCUUCAACCUUCUCCUGCCUCCGAUUAUUCUGGCGUCGGGCUACGAAUUACACCAGGCGAACUUUUUCCGGAAUAUCGGUACUAUCCUCACAUUCGCAUUUGCGGGAACGUUCAUCUCUGCUAUUGUGCUGGGACUGGUUUUGUUUGUCUGGACGAGGAUUCCGUUGGAUGGCUUGAAUAUUACCUUCGUCGAGGCGAUCGCGGUGGGCGCCACGCUUUCAGCGACGGAUCCAGUGACGAUCUUGGCUAUCUUCAACCUCUACAAAGUCGAGCCGAAGCUCUAUACGGUCAUUUUUGGCGAGUCGAUCUUGAACGAUGCGAUCGCCAUUGUGUUAUUCGAGACCGCGCAGAAGUACGCCGACAGUGAUGCGGGCUCCUUGACCUUCUUGAAUCUGUUUGAGGCUAUUGGGGUGUUCUUGCUUGUUUUCUUUGGUAGUAUGAUGGUGGGCAUCAUCGUCGGCAUCAUGACUGCUCUGGGACUCAAGUACACGCAUGUGCGCCGCCAGCCCAAGAUUGAGAGUUGCUUGAUUGUCCUCAUCGCCUAUGCCAGCUACUUUUUCUCGAAUGGUGUCUACCUCUCUGGCAUUGUCUCUCUCCUAUUCUGUGGAAUCACUCUCAAGCACUAUGCAUACUACAACAUGUCGCGUCGGACGCAACUUACCACGAAGUAUCUCUUCCAGGUAAUGGCGCAGCUGUCGGAGAACUUCAUUUUCAUUUAUCUUGGUCUUGACUUGCUUGUUCAAAGACAUCUACAGUUCAAGCCCCUGUUCAUCCUCGUUGCGGUUUUCGGUAUCUGUGUUGCACGAUACCUCGCGGUGUUCCCGUUGUCCAAGGCGAUCAACUGGUUCAUCCGAUACCGAGCACGCCGCCGUGGCAUGGAUGUUGCCGACGAGCUACCCUUUGCCUACCAGGCCAUGCUCUUCUGGGCGGGUCUGCGUGGAGCUGUCGGUGUGGCGUUGGCCGCCGGCCUCAAAGGAGUUAAUGCUCCAGCCCUGCGAGCCACCGUUCUCGUUGUAGUGGUGUUGACAGUCAUCAUCUUUGGCGGUACGACGGCCCGUAUGCUGGAGAUUCUGGGGAUCCGGACCGGCGUUGUCGAGGAGAUCGAGUCGGAUGAUGAAUUUGACAUCGAGGUCACCAACGGCGGAACUUACUACAAACGCUCUGAUACAGGCCUGGGAUACACGCCUCGCCGGUUGGACUCGACCAUUCCGCUGGACGGUGUGCCGCGGGGCGAUCUUGACCGGAACAACAGCUAUUCGAGCGGCAACAACCGUCGUCCUAGUCCUCCACCCUCCGGCUCGGGCCGAACUCGCGGGCAUGCUCGACUCUAUUCCAACGCCUACAGUCAACGAGAUACGGCGCGUGAUCGUUCUUCGGCGGCCACGCUGCUGGGAGGUGGCGCCCGAAGCCAUAGCGACAGUGAGGCGGCUAGUGAGGAUGAGUUUGGCCUGAGGACGACUGGGAAGGGUCGUGCGGCCGAUGCUGAUCAACUGGACUCCUUCGACCUCGAUGUGGAUGAUGUCCCGUCCGACGAUGAUCUCCCUCCGUCCGCCCCGGCUCCGGCGACCUCGCGACUCCGACGAUCACCGUCCCAACCGCAACAGUAUCUGGGGCCGUCGCAGGAGACCCCUCCCGCCAGCACCUCUCCCAACCGACGGGAUACGGUCGGGAUGAGUGCCCGCGAUGCCAUCCGAGACCUCUUCUCGGGGGGACCUUCCGGGGACCACGCGGCGUGGUUCCGACAGUUGGACGAGGACUAUAUCAAGCCUCGACUGCUGCUGGACCAGUCGAACCACAAGGGGCCUGGGGCUGUUUAG